UUCAUAAUAAAGCUUUGUUGUUAGUUUUUAUAUAAUUAAGAUCUUAUAUUCUUGAUCCUACUUUUAUUUUAUCAGCAUAAUUCGACUUUUUAUCGAUAUAUUUAUGCACUUUACUUGGACUGUCCCAUGCUUUCUUCUCUUUUAAAUUUUCUUUGGAUAAAAAAUAAAUAAAAAACUCCAAUGUAAAAAGUUAUGUUUUAUGAUUUAUUAAUACUUACUUACAAAGGUGAUUUAUUUUUUUCUCAUAUUGCAUAUGAUUUUUGAUACCUACUUUUUAUUGUUAGUUAAGAUGAUUAUCUUAUUUCAAUUGUCUUAUUUUUAUAUUAUUCCCAUCUAUCUAUCGCUCUUACAAUAUUUUAGGAAGCGAUUAAGGUAGACGAACUGCGGUUUUAGGGUGAAUAAAUUACUGGUUUAUUCCUAUUAUUUUAUUUUUAUUUUUCCAAGCAUAGCAUUUGCAUUUUACAAGUAAAACUGAUGACCAUUAUUUACGAGCCUACUAAAACAAUCGAUUGUGUGGAAAAGCAUUGUUUAUUUAUUAUAAUUAUCACAACACUAGUUGUAAUAGUUGCUGUCAUGUAAACUGACUAAACUGUAAACUUGUCAUUCAAGCAAAUGUCAAGCUAGAGUUAAAUCAAAUGUACGAAAAAGAAACAAAUCUUAAUUAUUUUUGAAGAUACAAAUGGCAUAUUUGUAAAAUUUAGUUAUUUAACAACCUUACCUCACACUAAGUUUUAUUACCAAUUAUUUUCAUGGAUGUGAAAAUGUUCUAAAUACCGGACGAAUGAUGGAUCACAAAGAUGGUAACGGUUUACAGUCGCCGAGUAACAAUACGGUCUCGGAUUAUGAUCUGCAAUUGCCAGCAUGGAGCUUAGAGUGCCUAAAGGCGGCGGCCGUCCAACAUAAGCUCCAGCGGCCAAGGAGUCUGGCAUGGGCCAUACUGCUGAAUGCCCUGCCUCCGCCAAAUGCUGAUAUUGCUGGCAGCCUGAAAACUCAUAGGAAUUUCUAUAACGACAUAAAGUCCAAGCUGUCGAUGGACCCUCGGACCGUCAUCGGCGACGACCCUUUAUCGCAGAAUGACGAGAGCGCAUGGAACCAGCAUUUUUGUGACAACGAACUUAAGGCAUUGAUACUACAAGACGUGGUCAGGACGUUUCCUGACGAGCUCUACUUUAGAGAUAAAGACGUUCAGGAUAUGAUGGUGCAAGUAUUAUUCUUCUGGGCGCGCUCUCACGCCCACGUGGGCUACCGGCAGGGCAUGCACGAGGUGCUGGCGCCGCUGCUGCUGGAGCUGCACAGGGACAGGACACACGCGCCGAGAGACCUGAGUAAUACAUUAAAAUAUAUCCUGGAAGAAGAAUAUUUGGAACAUGACAGCUACAUGAUGUUCAGCGCGGUGAUGAAGGGUCUGGAGAAGUUCUACACGACGGGCGACGUGGUGCCUUCGUCCUGCGGUCGCCUGCCUGUCUCUAAAGUCAUCCACAACCCGAACGAAGUAGUAAGAUAUUUGGACAAGGUGCGAGAAGAAUGUUUGACGCCGCUGGACAACGAAUUAGCCACACAUUUAGCUCAAUGUAACAUUUCUAUGGAACUUUUUGGAAUUCGGUGGCUCCGGCUGCUGUUCGGGCGCGAGUUCCCGCGCGCGGAGCUGCCGGCGCUGUGGGGCUUCCUGUUCGCGGACGGGCCCCUGCUGCCCAACAUACACUAUGUCGUCGUCGCCAUUUUGAUAGCAAUGAAAGCUACGCUAAUGGACGCGGACUCGGGCGUGGUCCUGUCCGCCUUGAUGCGGCCGCCGCGACUGCCAGCCUCGUACGCGUGCGCGCUCGCGCUGCACCUGCGCCGCCCGCUGCGCCACCCGCGCCCGCCGCCGCCGCCCGCAAGGGACAAUGACCAAGAUAUGUCGACGUACGGCAGGGCCUGGGCGCCGGAGCAGCAGGGCCACGCCUGGGGCAGCGCGGGCUCGGAGUCGGGCUCGGAGGGCGUGGCGGAGGGCGCCGACGUGGCGCGCUCGCUGGCGGCGCUGGGCCUGCUGCGCGCGCAGCUGCCGCCCGCCGCCGCCGCGCUGGCGCGCGAGCUGCGAGACUCGCCGCCGAGCGUGCGCGCGCCGCUGCAGACGAUACUCAAGCUGGCAGCUCUUCUAGAAUGCCGCAACCACGCCCUCAUCGACGUAGAAACUGCCCUCGAGGCGGCCGAAGCGGGCACCGAGCAAAUCGGACGACGGAAAAUAGUUCCCGUCAUAGUCAACCACAAACCACAGCCGAAACCGGCGGCUAAAGUUAAAGAAGUGCCGUUAAAACUGUUCCAUAAGACGGAGUGUUUCAAUAGUGAUCUGCCGUGCUUGGACCCGCUGAGACUUAGGACUGAAUGAUUAAGGGAGUUAUAGGGUUAAGUGAAGUGAAGUGCAACUGUAUUAAAGUGAUAACAAAUAUAGUGGUUGGUGUAAACGGUUAAAGUGAUGAAUUUGUGGGAAUAAAAGUUUCAACAGGACGAAAUGAUUGAUUAAUAUUGGAGAGAUGGUACAAAUAGUUGUUUUUUAAAUACAGAAAAAUGUGAUUAACAGUCACAAUACAACUCUAAAACUCAUUAAGGAUAAUUACAGGAUUUAAAAGAUAUAAGCAGAGCCCGUACAUUUCAUACCGUUGACGCAAAAAUAACAUAAUUUAAUAGACAUAGACAUAGAAAUUUUUUAUUCAACAUCACAUGAAAUGGCAGAGUUAAGAGACAGUGACAUUUAAUACAAAUAAGCCUUAAAUUCAGACUUAAAAACUAAGAAAUUGAGUUGUAUAUAUAAGGGAGAAAUAUUCAUGAGUGUUAAAAAGGAGCUUGCCUCAGCAUAGUGUUGCAGUGUAUUUACUACAACGCUGGUUUUCAGGCAGACCCUUGAUAUAUUAUCCCUUACUCGCUGUUAGUCGGAAACUAAAUGGCUUAGAGUUAUGUUAUUAUGUUUGAGUGUACACUAUAUGUAUUAUAAUUUGGACAAAACAAGUGCUAAUGUGGUGUGAGCUAAAAUGAAAAAUAAAGUAUAUUAACUUAUAAGAUUGAUACGAGAAAGAUAACAUAAUGUAAGAUAUACAUGCGUGCAAAUAUACUUAAAAAGGUAAAAAUUAAUAAAUAAAGACAUAAGGGAGACAUACAGGGAGUUUUUUUAUAACACUACAAAUUUAGAUACUUAACUUACAAGUAUAUAUUGGCACGUAGAAAAAUAAAUACCUGUUACGUAAAAUACACUGUUAAAAAACAAAAAAACGUAUUUUUUAAUAAAUAUUAUUUAGUUGAGUGACAAUAAGAUGCAAGUCAGACGUUUCUGUACUGAUUGACAAGAAUCUUUAUCAGUUAACUAAAGAGGUUGACAAAAUGAUUUAUUAUUGCAAAAAAACGAAUUGUGAUGAUGUGACGUAAUUUUUCUGUCAACGGCAUGACAUGUACGGGCCCUUGAUAUAAGUGUGAUAGAAAAGUGAUAAAGUGAAGUAAGAACGAACAAGAAACAAUACUGAUAGUGAUAACACUGAUCGAACGAUGAUUCGAGAAUGAAUAUUAAUAAUAAUGAAGUAGAAAGAUUAAUUCCAAUCAAGUUGAACAAUUAUUGAUUUUGGAUGUAACAAAUAUAAGAAUAGGUAAAGUAAAAAAGCAAUAAUUUACAGGAAUUCUUAUUAAUUAAUCUAAGUUUACCUUUGUUUAUUAAUACGUCAGUGAAACAAAUAAGUAGCCGUACCAUGAGUUGACACUUGACGUUUAAGUUAGACCCUGCGUAAACUUGAUCGCAGUCCAACUAGUUCGCACUGAUGUAUUGGUGCGAUAGAGAGGGAAUGCGAUCGAGUCCGCGCAGUCGUAAAAGUCAUAUUCCAUCUCGUGGUAGCCGUGCAGUUCGUGCCCGUAACAGACGUAAAAAAUGCAAUGUAUAAAACAGUUGAAUUAAUUACUUAAGGAUGUGAUAGUCAUAAGUGCAAAUGAGUUUAUAUAUUAUAAGGAUUACCAAUCAUUAUGUUUAUUACCAAUCAUUAAGUCAUGAAUUAUAUUCAUUAGUAUUAUAUAUGGAAUAAUAUUUACAACAUCAAUAAAUUGCUCUGAGAAUUGCUUAAGAUAAUUAUAUGUAAUACUGUCUUACUAUUCAUAAGUGAUAUUUGAACUUGAACUUAUGGAUCGUGUCAUUCACGAAGACGCGUGCUUUGGCACCUAUUGUCAUGUUAGUAAAGGUUAGAUUUGAGAAAUAUGCACGGCAUCGUGAAUGACGAGAUUUAGCAGAUGUGUGAUUUUACACUAAACUCCUAGUAUUUUUUAAACUGCUGUAUUAACGCCUAAUGUACUACACGAAGUACAUACCAUGAAUAGUGAUUUACACUAAAGCGGUUUUAUAUCAAUAUUAUUGUUAUGUACAGCAAUUUUCAUUUCUUUAUUUAAACUUUGCUCAAAAUACAAACAAAUAUUGUUAAAAUGGCGGACUUUAAUGCCUAAUGGCAAUCUCUAUCAGUACACCCGGCCAAACAGACAUGUAAAAAUGGUGCAAGGAGAAAGAAAUAUGAAAUAUUAGAACUUAGAACUAUCGAAAACAACUGAAAAACAUGAUUCAAUUUUUAAUGUUGCCAUUUUGGAAAAAAUUGCUGGAAAAACGAGAUAUCAAAUAUUUGUGCUUCGUGUAGUACAUUCGGCACUCAUUGUUACUGUAAAGUUUAUAUCACGGCUGAACUACCAUUAAUUUAUACUUGUAGUAAAGUCACGCUUAAAAUAUUGAUACAGACAAUGUGCCAAAAUGAUGUACACACUACCUUAAUAUGUAUAUGAGCAAUAAGGUAGUGUAUACAUAUUUUUUGCACUUUGUCCGGAUAUUUUCAGACGUGACUGUGUACGGUCGCGGAAAUUGAUUCUUUAGCAACUUGCGGUUCAAGUAAAUUUGGCUGUACAUACUUAUGGUAAGAGCUGUCCAUUGUAACGUGACACGUUAACUGCUAAAGAAUCAAUUUCCUCGACUGUACAUGGUGAAGAUAAUAACCAUAACUAUGUACACGUAAUUUGUAUGAUAACUUUGUGUUCACAUAGACGAAAUGUAAAUAAAAUAUUAAUAUAGUUAGGAGAAUCAUGUCAAAUAUAUUAUGAAAGCUAAACUGCUGCCAUAAUUUGUAGCUUUUAUAAAUGACUAUCAAAAAUCGUUGAAGCUUUCGUUUUUGAUGUAAAUAAAUUUAAUAUACAAUUAUAAAGUACCUAUGCCUUCCUUUUCGCGAAUUAAUUAGUAUAUCUAACAUAUUAACGUAAUUAAAUAAAAUGAAUAAAUUGAAAAA